AUGAUAGAGUUACAGGACGGUGCUGCAGCAUCGAAGAUGCCUGCCACGCUCGCCUCUUUGUGUGAUAAGGUUGAAUCGAUUGAGAACAAAAUGAUUGAAAAGGAAAUAGAAAUGGUAAAAUUUCAUGAGGAUUUGAAGUUGCAAAUGACCAAGGAAUUCAAACGAUUACGUAGGAGUUUGAGCGGCGGAAUCAGUUCAAGGGUGCGUGGUGGUGGUGUUCCCAAGUAUAGUAAGGGAGAGGAGCCUCGGGAUUCAGCCAUAUUAAUUAAUGACCCUAUCCUAGCAAACAUGCAAAUGGAUGAGAAUAGGCUAUUGGAGAAGCUUUCGAUUAGGAAUGACCCAAUGUUGUUGGAGUGCGGUAUAGGAUUUCGGAAUGAACCUUCUUAUGGAAACUACUCACCCUCCUUCAACGAAAGCAACCUGGGGGAAGUGAAGCAUGACUUCAUUAAUUUUGAAUUAACAUUUUCACCACGGAAGGAGUUGUUCAAUGAGGUCCCAGGAAACACUGACCCAAAUGCUUUUUCCUAUGAACCAUCUAAUUCAGAGAAUGGGAAGACCAUGGUUGAAAUGGACAAGGAUUUCAACGAAUCUCUUGCUAAAGUUAGACCUCCUGAGAAAGAAAAGAAGGAGGUGGAGAAAGGGAAGGAGAAGGAUAUUGUGGAUGAAGUCACGACUCAUGAACCUAGUAUCCCGGGGAUUACGGUUGAUCAUGUUGUACAUGAAAUAGAGGAAGAUGAUAAUGAGAAGAUCGAUCCUCCCACUCUAAGGAGAGAGAAGGAGCUCUGCAAAUUGGACAACUUGUUUCAGAAUAUGAUUCACACAUACAAUGAAAGCAAUUACUACCAAAUUGGAGCAUUCAAAUUGCGGAGGCCGUUGGCCCUGGCGAGUUUCGAAAUCGCACUUUUCAUUUUUGACUUCAGUUUGUCUUUGACUGAGGUGUUGGUAGUAAAUCCAAUGGCAAAGUUGGAACGUUGGUACUUUAGGAGCCUUAGGCCUGAAGCUCAUGUGGACAUGAAGAUUAUUGAUGCUUUUGCUCAUGUACUACGAUUUACACAUAAAGAGAAGUGUGAAAAAAUGGAGGAUAUGAGAACUCUAAUUUUGCCCACCUUUCAUCCCAAUUUGGAAAGUGGUCAUGGUCGAAACUUUUGGGAGACGGGGGAUUUUGGUUUUCUUGGUGUACCUGUCGAUGUUACUUUGGUUCUAAAUAAUGCCGAAAAGAUCCUAGUGCCUAUGAAGGACAUCGAAUACAAUCACUGGAUACUGGCUGUAUUGGACAUUAAGAGUUCCUGUGCAUCGUAUUGGGACUCCAUGUCCACUGCACGCGCAAAAAGGCACAGGAUACAUAUGCUUAGCACACUGUUGAAGAAGCUUGAUAAGUUGCUGUUGAGGACGAUGGAUGAUGUGCAUUCUGGCCGACCUGUUUUUGAAGUUUUCAAUAUAGUGCCUGCCGGAAAACUCCCGCAACAGGACAAUGGACAUGAUUGUGGUAUUUUUGUCAUGAGGUUUAUGGAGUACAUUGCAUCUGGACAAUCUCCUCCCUCGGCCUAUAUAGUCGACCAUAAUGAGAGAUUCCGAUUUGCAAUUGAUAUUGUCUUAUCGGAAUCCAACGGCCUAUUUUGGGAUGUGAUGCAUGAUGCAACCGCUUAUUAUGGAGUUUGUUCAAGCAAAGGUGGUGAAUCAUCAACCUUAAAAGAAGGUAAGUGUCUUCCCCCAAGACGUGAUGCUUCGCCUCCAACGCUUUCAACAAAAAAGUCUAGACAGCAACACUGGUCGAAGCGCGGAAUGAGAAAAAAGAGGAAGUCAAUGAACUAA